AUGGAACGCUUGAAUUUUGAGGCUCUAAGGAACCUACAAAACAGCGCCAAUGGCCUACUCCACUCGCCUACAAUCCAACAGGCACUAAUCGACCACCGGCAAGAGAAAUGGGUUCACGAGGUCUCCGAAGCUUCUCUUCGAAUGUUGGACGUUUGUGGGGUUUCCAAAGACGUCCUUUUGCUCGUGAAACAACACCUCCAAGAUCUUCAAUCCACGUUACGUCGAGUGAGCAUUGGGGAAUUCUCAGGCGUCGAAAGGAAAAUCGCCGCUUACAAUUGCUACAGAAAGAAGCUAAAGAAAGAAACCCUAAAGUGCUUGAAUUCGCUUAAGGGAAUGAAGGGCAAAUCAAUCAUUUCGGACCCUAAUAAGGCGCCCGUAGAUGAGUACAACCUUAUGGUGGUUGUGGAUGUGCUGAGGGAAGUCAGGGUGACAAAUAUCUCCAUUGUUGAGUCUUUGUUGUCCCUCAUUGCCAAGCCUUGGCUUGAUCACCACAAAUCGGCUAAUAAAGGGUCUAUUAAUAUUAAAAUCAAUAUUCUAGGGUCAAAAUUCAAGCGUGUGAGUGGACAAAGUUUGCAUGAUAUUGGUGAUGCAGUGGAACUUCAAAGUGCGAACAAGAGAUUGAAGGCGGUGGAGAUCACUAUUGAAUGCGUUGGGGUGGAGUUGGAGUGCAUAUUUAGGCGUUUGAUCCGUACAAGAGUUGCACUCCUCAACAUACUUACUAAUUAA